GUUGAAUCAUGAAAAUCGAAGAAGUUAAAAGCACCGUCCGUACACAACGCAUUUCGGCCCAUAGCCAUAUCAAAGGUUUGGGCCUAAAUGCCGAGGGUGUCCCACUGCCCAUGUCUGCCGGUUUGGUGGGGCAAAAGGCUGCACGUGAAGCUGCCGGUAUUGUGGUGGAUUUAAUUAAAACCAAGAAAAUGGCUGGACGUGCCUUACUACUGGCAGGACCACCUGGUACCGGUAAAACUGCAAUUGCAUUGGCUAUUGCUCAGGAGUUGGGUAACAAGGUGCCCUUCUGUCCAAUGGUUGGCUCGGAGGUAUUCAGCAGUGAAAUCAAGAAAACCGAAGUUUUGAUGGAAAAUUUUAGACGUUCGAUUGGUUUGAGAAUCCGCGAAACCAAAGAGGUAUAUGAGGGUGAAGUUACCGAGUUGACACCAGUGGAAACAGAGAAUCCCAUGGGAGGUUAUGGCAAAACUAUCAGCAAUGUUGUUAUCGGCUUGAAAACCGCCAAGGGUACAAAACAAUUGAAAUUGGAUCCCAGUAUCUUUGAGGCAUUGCAAAAGGAAAAGGUUGAGGUUGGUGAUGUCAUUUACAUCGAGGCCAACAGUGGUGCGGUAAAACGUCAGGGACGUAGUGAUACCUUUGCCACAGAAUUUGAUUUGGAAACGGAAGAAUAUGUCCCCUUGCCCAAGGGUGAUGUCCAUAAGAAAAAAGAAGUCAUACAAGAUGUUACCCUACAUGAUUUAGAUGUGGCAAAUGCUCGCCCACAGGGUGGCCAAGAUGUUUUGUCGAUGAUGGGUCAAUUGAUGAAACCCAAAAAGACUGAAAUCACAGAUAAAUUACGUAUGGAAAUCAAUAAGGUGGUCAAUAAAUAUAUUGAUCAGGGUAUUGCUGAAUUGGUACCAGGUGUACUGUUCAUUGAUGAGAUUCAUAUGUUGGAUUUGGAAACAUUUACUUAUUUGCAUAAGUCAUUGGAGUCGCCAAUUGCACCAAUUGUCAUCUUUGCCACUAAUCGCGGUCGUUGUGUUAUACGCGGCACCAAUGACAUUGUCUCACCACAUGGCAUACCCUUGGAUUUGCUCGAUCGUUUGCUAAUCAUACGCACCUUACCAUACAGUUCCAGUGAAAUGGAACAAAUCAUUAAAUUACGUGCCCAAACCGAGGGUCUACAACUGGAAGAGCCAGCCUUUACUCGUCUCAGUGAAAUUGGUAGCAAAUCAACAUUACGUUAUGCUGUGCAGCUGUUAACCCCAGCCCAUCAAAUGGCCAAAGUUAAUGGUCGUACACAAAUCACCAAGGAAGAUAUUGAUGAUGUUCACGCUUUGUUCUUGGAUGCUAAACGUUCAUCGAAACAUCUCUCAGAGAAAAAUAAUAAAUUUAUGAUGUAAAACUAGAA